GAGAGUGAGACAGGAUUGUGCUUCCUUACAUCAUUGUUGCCAUCCCCGUUCACCUGUCCGACAGUCUAUCAGCGGCGCCAUGGCGCUGCGCAGGUCACCGUCCUCCUACACAGAGUUGUGGAAUGGAGUCCCACACCCCGGAAUCGCGACUGCCCAGAGCAAGUGCUCCUCCAUCCAAAGCAUCCACAGUCUGUCUCGCGCCUUCUCCAGGGGUCGAUUGGACUCGCAGUAUUUUUACCGUGACGCUGACCCCCACAACUGCGAGAUUAAGAUGCCACAACUAAGCAUCAGCAUGCAACAGUCUUCGAGUGAGGACAAGAUUCCGGUGGUGGGUGCGGACCCAGCCGUGCAGGCCGAGUCGGGGCUGCAGUACUUCUCCGACGGCAGGAGGAAGGUUGACUACGUCCUGGUGUACAACCAGCGCAGGCCUUCCUCUGUCAGGCCGGCCUGCAGCGCUCCUCCUCACCGCAUCUCCGUCAUCUCCAAUGGCAACUUCCCGCCCCCGGGAGCGCCGGGGGAGGUGUGUCUGGAGUUGGGGCCCGACCCGCCCGACCCCGGCGACGGGGACAUGGUUCUGAUCCGACAGGAGUUUGAGGCCAUCCUGCUGGAAGCUGGGCUGGAGAUUGAGAGAGACAGUGAGGUUCGGGCUCACGGCCCCAGCUUCACGAGGCUGCACGCCCCCUGGUCGGUGCUGAGCAGAGAGGCUGAGUUCCUCAAGGUGAAAAUGCCCACCAAGAAGAGCUAUGAGCUGAAGGAGGAAAGCGGUAUUGCCCGCACCCUGAACUCGGUGUACAGGAAGCUGAACCACCCCUUCCAGCCUCGGGUGCCCCACCUGGGUGAAGGCCGGACCAAGCUGGUGUCCCACUACUUCACCCGCGACAAGAUGCACCUCUUCGACAUCAAGUCCAAGGACACGUUCUUUGAAAACGCCACGCGGAGUCGAAUAGUGUACGAGAUUCUCCGACGGACAGCUUGCGUGCGGACCUGCCAGUCCAUGGGCAUCACUAUGCUACUCGCUAAAGGGGUGUACGACGCGGCCUUCCCUCUGCACGAUGGGGACUAUAAGGUCACGGAUCACUCAGAAAAAGAGAUGAACGAAAGACAGAUACUUCACAAUGAGUCCCGAUAUGGCGCCUUCUACAAGUACCAGCCUGUGGACCUCAUAAGGAAGUACUUUGGGGAAAAGAUUGGCCUGUACUUUGCCUGGCUGGGCGUCUACACGCAGAUGCUGAUCCCAGCCUCGCUGGUGGGCAUCAUUGUCUUCUGCUACGGAGUCGCCACUGUCGACACAAACAUACCCAGCCAGGAGAUGUGUGACGAAAGUCAAAACUUCACCAUGUGCCCGCUGUGCGAUGGCGACUGCGACUUCUGGCACCUGAGCACGGCGUGUGGCACGUCGCGGGCCUCGCACCUGUUCGACAACCCCGGCACCGUGUUCUUCGCCAUCUUCAUGUCACUCUGGGUGGCCCUGUUCCUAGAGCAAUGGAAGCGAAGGCAGAUCAGUCUGAACCACAGUUGGGACCUGACUGGGCUGGAGGAAGAGGAGGAACACCCCCGGCCAAAGUACGAGACCAUCCUCAUCCAGAAGAAGCUGAAGGAGAGGAGGAAGAAAAGGAAGAAGCCGAAAAAUGAGCCUGUCAAGAGAGAGGAGGACGGUACUGACACAGGGAAGGACAGAUGGAGACAGAGACUGCUGUCUGCUAUGGCUGCAGGCGCCCCGGCAGGGCCAGAGAGUCUGACCUGGAAGGAUCGUCUCCCUGGUUACUUCAUCAAUGUGGCCUCCAUCCUCUUCAUGUUCGGGGUGACCUUCGCGGCAGUUUUCGGCGUGAUCAUUUACCGCGUCACGGUCUCUGCCCUGAUGGCGAUGAGCCCCGACCCGGAGAUCAAGUCCAACGUGCGUGUGACGGUCACAGCCACAGCCGUCGUGAUCAACCUGGUGGUCAUCCUCAUCCUGGAUGAGAUCUACGGAGCAGUGGCCGUCUGGCUGACAGAGCUGGAGAUCCCUAAGACGGAGAACCAGUUUGAGGAGCGCCUCAUCCUCAAGGCCUUUCUCCUCAAGUUCAUGAACGCCUACGCCCCCAUCUUCUACGUGGCGUUCUUCAAGGGACGCCACGUCUCCACCCACUUUUUAAAGUCUAAACCUGUGCCCCUGCCACCCUGUCUCCCUGGGCUCAGGAAGCUGAAGAAGCUGGUGAGGAAGUUGAAGGACAAGGGCGUUCCCGAGGAAGAGAGGGAGGAGCGGGUCGCUCGGCCACCACAGCAGUGGAACCUGGACUAUGUCCUGGAGCCCUUCGAGGGCCUCACCCCGGAGUACAUGGAGAUGAUAAUCCAGUUUGGGUUCGUGUCUCUGUUCGUGGCCUCCUUCCCCCUGGCUCCCCUGUUCGCCUUGCUCAACAACGUCAUUGAGAUCCGCCUGGACGCCAAGAAGUUUGUCACAGAGCUGCGUCGGCCCGACGCCGUGCGCUCCAAAGACAUCGGAGUCUGGUUCAACAUUCUGAGUGGCAUGGGCAAAUUCUCAGUCAUUAUAAAUGCAUUUGUGAUCUCGUUCACCUCAGACCUCAUCCCCAGAAUGGUGUACCAGUACAUGUACAGCCCCAAUGGCUCCAUGUACGGCUUCAUCGACCACACGCUGUCCUACUUCAACGUCAGCAACUUCCGCCCGGGCACCAUGCCCCUUUCCUCCAGCUACCCCCGCGAUGUCAUGCUUUGCAGGUAUAAGGACUACAGGGAGCCCCCUUGGUCUCCAGACGCCUACCACUUCUCCAAACAGUACUGGUGUGUCCUGGCUGCCAGAUUGGCCUUCGUCAUCAUCUUCCAGAACCUGGUGAUGUUCCUGAGCCUGCUGGUGGCCUGGGUGAUCCCCGACGUUCCCAAGGACAUCAGCGAGCAGCUGAAACGCGAGAAGACCCUCCUGGUGGACGUGUUCCUGCGUGAGGAGAAGGAGAAGUUCCUUCUCCUGCAGAGCCUCUUCACUAAGGACCCGCUGCGCCCCCGCCAGCCCGGCCCCAAGGGCACCCUGGACCCUCUGCGCUGCCGCACCCUGCCCCCUGUCUUCUCCCAGGGUCGGCCCCUGGGCGUGGCAGACGAAGAUGGGGUCCCGCGGGCGCGGGGCCGGGCGGCUAGCUUCAGCCAGUUCAGCAGGCAGCCGUCCCCUCAGGCGGAGGGGCCGAACGGCACCAAACACACAGCCGUGUGACGCGCGCUGGGUCAGGACACGUGCUGUGGCACGAGGUGUGUGUGUGUGUGAGCCGCGUACAUGGAUAGGAAGCUGACGCACACGUGCGUGUGUGUAUACAGGUGGGUGCGCUUCGCGAGCAAAAGGCAAACAUUGUAGCUCAGUCGGACAAAAUGUAAACGACCCUCGUCGUCAGCGGAUUACUCUUCUCGGGACCGUCUUUUGGCAAAUCAAGACCUAGUUUCAUGUGUUUAUUAUCCUCUGUCCGAAUGCGCACAUAACUGAGCUUCAAAAAGUGGAUUUAAGUUGGGAAAUAUGCCCUCACUCCAUCUGUGCGAUUGCAUUAAUUUGUUUUUGUGACUGACUUUGAAGCACGCAAGCUUCACUCCGUGCAGAAGCAAUAAUUCCUCUGGCAAUCAGACAGAUAAACCAACCAGAAAGACACAGGCAGACGGCCGGCCGGCCAGGCGGAUGGACAUACCCCUUCCACUGUACACUGUGAACUGAAUAGAGAGGACCAGGGAGGGAGGGGUGUUUCUGACACUUGUCGUCUGUUUAGGACUCAUUUUCCCAUCAGCCCCUCUGUGGAUCGAACAGUGUGGCAUCCUGGUCCAUCCCAGCACACCUUGCUAUA